AUGUCUAGUGAAGCGAAUUCUGGCAGCGUUGCCGCUACGGCGGACAAAGCAGAGAAGCCCAAGUUCUCAUGGUUACAACCACACCCCAUCUUUGUGAUAAUAUUAGUUGGCUCUGAAGAGCAACCGUUUGGCAUACAAAAGGACUUUCUCUGCCACCGCUCCGACUUCUACCGGAAGUAUUUUGCGGGGAAUCAGACUGAGGACACUGUAGAACACGUGGUCAAACUCGCAGACGCAACGCCCGAAGUGUUUGGGCUGGCGCAAAACUUCCUCUUCACCGGAAAAGUCAUGUCAGGUGACGAAGGAGUUCCAUCGUACGACUCGCUAGUCGGCCUCUGGAACCUGGGCCACAAACUCGGCGUUGACGGGCUCUGCGACAAAACACUCGAAGCCAUGACCGAGUGCCGGAGGUUGACUGAACGGAUUCCUUCGACACCGCUUCUGGUGCAGGUCUGGAGAGACACGCCCGAGGGCUCGUCUAUUCGGAUGCUGCUCCUGUCCUGGGCAGCCGAGUACAUGAGAUCGUCCGACUCCCGGGCCGAGUUUGCAAAGUCUCUGCCGCAGGAAGUCCUCAGUGAGCUCGUCGUAGCCAUGAGCUCAUUCGAGCUGGCCGCGCCCACGCCCGCGCCAGCACCAGCACCGGCACCGUCCCAGUCCCCCGUCGUAUCGGCGCCAGAGCUGCCCAGGAAAAACGUGCACUACCUGGAGGACCAGAGCGAGGACGACCUCAACAACAUCAGGAAGAACCGCCGCCUGAGUGGCCCCCCGACCAUCAUAGCAAGGACGGACCAGUCGCUGGGCCGCAAAGCAUCCCGCACGCCUCUGCCGAAACCGCAGAAGCGCAGAUCCAGCGCGGCCUAUGUCGACAGCCGCAACUUUUCUACGAGUCAGAAACUCGAAUUCUGCGCCGACUUGCUCACCAGGAUGCUCUCGGGACCAGGCUUCUGGACACGACUGGUCGGCCCCUUCAGGGACCCCGUUGAGCCGGCCGAGGACGGCGUCCCCGACUACUUUGACAAAGUCAAGCGGCCCAUGGACCUCACGACCAUCAAGGCCAAAAUGGACCGACGCGAGUACGCCACCGAGGACGCCUUUGUCACCGACAUGCGGCAAAUCUUUGAAAACUGCUACACGUACUGGAAAAAGGGGGACCCCAUGUGGCUGGCUGCAGAAAAGCUGCAAAAGACGUUUGAAGACAAGUUUUCCCACAUGAAUAAAUGGAUCGCCAAGAUGGGCGGUGAAGAAGGCGAGUAG